ACAUGAUACUAACGUUUAUAUCACAUCUACUUGUCCUGAUCUGUGUUAACAGAAAACUGCUUCAAAAACUUGGGUAAACACUGCUCUCGUGAAAUGACACAACAUAUUUUUUUGUUUUGCUUAAAAUAUGCAGCAAGGCAUUUAUAAAACAGUGACACUUAGUCUAUGGCACAGUUCAUGAGUUUUUACAAAACAUGACUAGUAUUUGAGGUAAAGGUAAUAAACACUGUCUGUUUUGCAUAUGUUUUAACACAUAACGUCAUAGCUAUCAUUUGCGUGAUACUUUGAUUAAAACAAUGGCUUUAAGUUCACGAGGAAAAAAAAGGUGAACAAAACCAGAAUAAACAGCAGACAAAUUUAGCAAAAUUCACCAAACAGAUACAGCUACACUUAAAAUAGCGGCAUAUAAGCAAAGUGAAAUGAAGCCAACAUAACAGAAGGGCAAGCUAAAGUUUGGCUUAUUACUAGCUUUUUAAACGUUGGUUUUUUUGUAUUAGAAACCCUAGAAGUAAUGUACGUAAGGAAAAACAGAUGCAUGUACAUUCGUGUGAAAUACAAAACAAUGUAUAAAUGUUUACAAAGAGAAAACAAAUCAAAAUAUCAUCGGAAGUUUGAUUAAAAAACAAAUAUCUUUAUGACUUGCUAUGAAAUAAUGUCAUAAAGAAGGCUGUUCCUUUCUCUCGUCCCCCUGCCCCCCUCCUCUUUUGUGACGUCGGCAGUGUCUUCCGGUUUGCUCUCGCUCGGCUUCCCUCCCGCCGCUGGUGAGCAGCAUCAGCCGGCGGAGCAUCUGAAAUGACAGGGGGAGCUCGGAAGCAGCGGCACCAGGGUCUGUUUUAAAGAAAACACACUUUUAAACCGACCCCGCGUCAUCGUUGACCGUUUCAACCCAGGGGGGUAAAAACCGGGGGCAGAGGCGGAAUGGACACGUUUGAGACGACUUUGUCAUGAAGAGGCGGAUCUUCUGCUGGAGACGAGUUUCUUUCACUGCGCGGUGUUUGUAUACUGUACGUGGAAGUACACACACUAUUUCCUUCCAUCUCUCAGCCACACGACCGGUUUAAUGUUUUAUAAGAAGGAUUUUUAAAGAGAAAUUGGAAUUUUUGCACCACAUUUCGUGCCGCAGCUCCAUUUUUCAACUAGCCGUGUUUGGAGGGGAUUCCUUCAGAUGGGGCUUUAGCCGCCACGCAUUUAAACCCGCAGCUGCCCUCCUUCUCCUUCGCCUUUUAUUCUGAUUUGAAUGGAUUUUUUAGAAGUAUGUCUCAUCUAAAAGUACUUUGAGCCACAAUGAAGCCUGAUUUUGUUGGGAUUUUCCACGCUCCUGUCAGGUUCUGUGUCACACGCCUGAGCUCCAGCUGUUAGCCGCCGGCGCGUUUGCAAACAAGUCUGACUGCGGGAUUUUCUCUCCUUCUUCUUCUUCUUCUGUUGCUGCAGUACAUCACUGAUUUUUUAAUCAUAAGACUCGGAAAUCCCCUUUAUUCAGCCUUCAUUUCGUUGUGAUUUUAUUUUAUUUUUUAAUAUUUUUGCCUGUGCCAGACCAGAUCAACACCACUUCCUCCCACGGACACCACGGUUUUAGAUUUUUACCAUGAGUUUCCAGCACCAGCUGCUCAAUGUCCUGCUACGUGGACUCGUCAUCUAUGCGGUACUGGGUUUGGAAUUCACGCAAGCCCACGGACAGCCCGGCAGCCACACGACUGAUGCUGCAUCUCUAGCCACCACAGACCCCUGCCUCAUUGUGAUGCCCCCAUGCAUGGGCGACGACGACCGCUUCAGUCUGGAGGCGUUGCGGCACAUCCACAAACAGCUGGAUGAUGACAAUGAUGGAGGAAUAGAAGUCAACGAAAGUGUAGAGUUUAUCAUUGAAGACAUGAAGCAGCAGCAAACCAACAAACACAGCAACCUGCACCGUGAAGACCAGCACAUCACUGUGGAGGAGCUGUGGAAGGGCUGGAAGACCUCUGAAGUCCAUAACUGGACCAUGGAGGACACGGUGCAGUGGCUGAAGGAGUCGGUGGAGCUGCCACAGUACGAGAAGAACUUCAGAGACUUCCACGUCACUGGGAACACCUUACCUCGAAUAGCUGCCAAUGAGCCGUCGUUUAUGUCCAUGCAGUUGAAGAUUUUAGACCAGCGACACAAACAAAAACUGAACCUGAAGGCCCUGGACGCCGUGCUGUUUGGUCCACCUUUACGUCCACAGCAUAACUGGACCAAGGACUUUGUCCUCAUGGUUUCCAUAGUGAUCGGUGUGGGAGGCUGCUGGUUUGCAUAUGUGCAAAACAAGUCCAGCAAGGUGCACAUUUCUCAGAUGAUGAAGGACCUGGAGAGUCUGCAGCACGCUGAGCAGAGCCUUUUAGACUUGCAGAGUCGACUGGAAAAAGCUCAGGAGGAGAACAGAACGGUGGCCGUAGAGAAGCAGAACCUGGAGCAGAAAAUGAGGGACGAGAUCAAUGGUGCCAAAAAGGAGGCUUACAGGCUUCGAGAGCUCAGAGAGGGAGCCGAGUGUGAGCUGAGCAGACUCAAGUAUGCCGAGGAGGAGCUGGUCCAGGUACGGAAAGCCCUGAAGCGAGCAGAGAAGGAGAUGCAGUCAGAGCGCUCUGUGCCUGAAGCUCUUCAGAAGUGGCUCCAGCUCACGCACGAGGUGGAGGUUCAGUACUACAACAUCAAGAAACAGAACGCUGAGUUUCAGCUCUACGUCGCCAAAGAUGAGGCAGAGAAAAUCAAAAAGAAGAGAACCUCUGUGUUUGGAACUCUUCAUGUAGCCCAUAGUUCAUCCCUGGAUGAAGUGGACCAUAAAAUACUGGAGGCCAAGAAAUCCCUGUCAGAGGUGACGGCGUGCUUGAGAGAGCGUCUCCACCGCUGGCAGCAGAUUGAGAAACUCUGUGGUUUCCCAGUGGUCAGUAACUCUGGGCUGCCCAGUCUCACAGCCAGCCUCUACUCUGACCACAGCUGGGUGGUCAUGCCGCGGGUGUCAGUGCCUCCGUACCCCAUUGCAGGAGGAGUGGACGACCUGGACGAAGACACCCCCCCCAUCAUUCCACAGUUCACCACAGCUACCCUGGUCCGACCCGCACUUACACGGAACAGCAGUCUGUGUCGUUCCCGUCGGAGCCUGUUGAGUUCCCCCCAGUCAUCGCUGAUGUCUCCAGACCCUGACCUGCUCUCCAUGGCCAGCUCCACCCUCUCCUAUCACACUGAGGCCGACGACGAUCAGCUCAUGUUCAGCACCGAUAGGAGGGGGUACGUAGCGGCCGUCAGGACACCACGGAAUGUUGUUAAAGUUUGGAAUCACAGGGAACCACCUCAGGAAGUUUGUGCCGACACAGACUCCUUCACCUCCUCCAUGGUUCUGAACAAGCAGCUUCACAACGCUGUCACUCCAGGAUCAGAGCUCCCCUACCGCAAGAUCUCCCGAGAGGAGCUGCUGCUGUUGGGCCAGAGUCCAGGUUACUUCUUCUCCAACCACACCACCACCACCACCAGCAGCAGCAGCAGCAGCAGCAGCAGUCUCAGAGACUCCACGCCUCCUCCUCUCCCUCCCACCCCGGCCACUACACCCUCAGGCCCGCCCUCCACUUCGCCCUCCCCCGCACUGGAACACCACCCCUUUGCUCACAGAGGCUCACCCGACCUCACCAGCAUCAUUACCAAGAGCGCCACCUUCUCCCAGGGGGCCGUGGCCUCUCCCGCGGGGAAGGGCAUGUACAACGGUGUCCUGGAGAAGUCCUACAGCUUCGGCCAGCUGCCCGCCAGCAUGCUCCCCAACGUGGGCCGCAACCCGUCUAUAACCUCCCUGGACUCAGAGGGCCGGAGCAUGGGAAGGGAGUACAAGUUACAGAGCACCUCCCCGCAAGACUCCACCGAGAACGGGGAGAAAAAGCGCUCAAAACUUAAAAGUUUAUUUAAAAAGAAAAAAUAAUAGUGAGUUGGGGUGAGGGAGUGUGAGUGUGAGGGAGUGUGAGAGGUACAGAGUGGUGUUGGUUCUAACAAAGGGACAGGGCUGUAGAUGCUGAGAGCUGCGUCUUCUCUCUUCUGUUUUCCUCCUUGUCAUCAGAGAUGGAACGGAGCUCAGGCUGGAUGCCGUCAAACACUCCAGACUGCGAGCCUUAUUUUCCAGUAAUGCCUUUUUUUUUUAGUUCACUCACAGCAGAGGCUGCAAAACAGUUCAAAUCAGAAGUCUUCUGUUAGUGACGUCUUCAACACACAGAGUGUGGACAGGAGAAGGAGACUAAAACCUUUGGUCCAGCAUGGACCAGUGUCCUUGUUCUUGGUGUUGGUAGUCCAACUGUUUCCUACUCUGACAUCUCUCCAGUAGGACAAUGUUGGAUCAAAUGUUUUUAUUUCUUCUUCUUCUCCCGCCGACUGUUGUUGUCGAACUACAACCACAGCUCCGUGUGUUGAAAGCCUGUUCUUCCAUGUUGUUACUUUGCCUUUGAACCAAAAAGUUACUAGGUUUCAAAAGUGUUUUUGCUGUUGCUGCUCCUACUGAAAGCAUUUCAGAUCUACUUCCAGUAGAGGGAGCCACUGUGUCCUGAAGUAAAAGGUCAGAUCUCAAAGUGUUUUUAACUGUUUCUUUCACCCGGUGAAACCCGUAACUCCUUAACUAGUGUAUUUAAUUCAUUUCUUUUGGUGAAAAUGGAGAAGAUAAUCAUGUUAAAAGUUUUUUGCACUAAUGCUUUCCUGGUGUAUUUAGGAAAGAAAUGAGAGAAAUGUCUGUGAAGGCUCUCAUCCAUCCAGGUCCUUUUCAUCCGACCAAUGAAGUUUAGAAGUUUAAGUUUUUGACGACUUCACCUCAUCAUCUCACGAAGCUUCUUCAUUUCUCACUGACUGUUAGGAAUUCUAAGGUUUUUAGUCUCGGCCACUUUUUCAAAGAGUGUCUCCUCAGUGCUGCCCUCCUCAGGCCUGGACAGGUUAUUUAAACUACAUUUUCCUAUUAUUUGAACCAUUUAAAUUAAACAUAACAUUAUUAAUACAAUUAUUAUGUUUAAAUGGAAAUAUCAAGGAUACCUUUUAGGUUUUGGGCAGUUUUCUUUUAACCUACUCACUAAUUUUGGCCUUAGAUUUAGUUUUCCUUUGGCCAGUUUUUAAAUGUUAAUUCAUGUGUAUUAGCCUGUACUUUGGGCUAAGUGUUAGCUCAGUAUCAGGCAAAGGCUAGUCAGGAAAUAAAAUAAAUAAAGGUUUCCAGUAAGGAACAAUAAAAUUACAUUUGAAUCUAAAUCCUUUUUGGAAGGAAAAUGUAAAAUGCAACACAGUACAUGUCUGAAGGCCAUGGUUGGCCCUAGAGCCACUCUUUGAAAACAUUGUAUCAACUUAUCCUAUUGGACGGUUUAACCUUCCUGUUGUCCUUCGCAUUUUUGUACACACCCCUCGUCCAUGCAGUUAAUUUUCAUCCUGUCCCUGAAUAUGAAUGAAUAUGAGGAGAAGUUGGUACAAUCCGUGCAGUACAGGAGCAUGCACACGCACACACAAAAGCAGAUUGGGUCUAGAUGACCUACAGGGUCACCUAGGACCGAAGGACUGCACGAGGGUUAAAGAGUAACAGCAGCCAGUUCUCCUGUUAGCUAACUCUUCAUCGUUACUUGACAAACUGCAUCCUGUAGCCAUAAAACAAACGGUUGUUUCUGUGUCUGUUCCCCGGUCUUUUGUCUGGUUUUACCUGAAACUACCAGAAGGUUUUGUGCUUGUAUCUGUCUGUAGGUGGCGUGCCACGGUCAUGUCAUAUGAAUGUUACCUGAGAGUCAGGGAGCUGAGACUGUAGCAGCAGUGUCACUGUUGUUUGUGUUUGUGUUUCUUCCUUCUCCUCUGUACUGUGUGGGAGUGGCCUCUGUCUCCAGCUACACUUUUGUUUUGUUUUUUUAAAUCAAAUGAAAUAUUUUUGUCCCCUCUCCUCUAACUUACCAAGUACUGAGCUCCAAAAGCUGACCCAUGCAAUACAGUGGUGUCCUUCACCUCUGGGUCUGCACCGAGCUCUGAUGUCAAGAGUCUCUGCUUCACACUGUGAUUUCUGCCUUUUUACCCCGUCCUUCGUCCCAGACUGAGCUGAUGCCCAGUGGGUCAGGACCAUGUGCAUGUGGCGUGACCAGGGGAGAACCAGGGGCCUCUCUUUUUAACAAAGAAAAGGAAUAUAUAUAUAUUUAUAUGUAUAUUUGUACAUGUAUCAUGUAUAAAUAUAUACAUAAAUAUAUUUAUACACAUAUAUAUUCAUGUAUACUUGUACCUGUAUCAUAUGAAAUAUUUGGAAGGUUCCUGAGAAAACAAACAGCACACAGUGAAGGAAAUGAAGGACAGACCUGAAAGACGAUGGAAUCGAAUGUUUACGACACACAGGUUUUUCUUUUCUUUUUUUCUGAAAACAUUUUGUUUGUGAAUAUUUGUAUAUUGUAGAAGAAUUCAUUAAAUAUCUGAGGCAUUGCAGA